UCUUCACAACAUGGGGGAUGUUGUUUUCUGUAGCGCGCUGAUUCAAACUAGCAUUUAUCGAGAAGAUGUAGCGUUGUGCAGCUAAUAACGUAUCGCCAUCGAGUGCGGUCAGCAGCUGUUCACUUUACCAAACGUUAGAGUCGCUGUUACAUUUGUGUUUCAGAAACGUUAUUGGAUGAGAGCGCGAUGCUGAAGCCAGAGUCUGUGGGAGCAGGAAGCCCUGAGCAGUCACUGGUUUUCUUCGACCUGGAGACAACGGGACUGGGUCAGAACUGUGAGAUCGUCCAGCUCGCUGCAGUGAGUGGCAGCCACUCACUGAACCUCUACGUCAUCCCUCGGUGUCGAAUGCAGCGAGGAGCAGCCAAAGUGACCGGCUUCAGGGUCCGCAGACAGAGGCUGUACCUCCAUCGCCAGCUUGUCCCCACCAACUCCCUCAGAGAGGUCCUGGUCUCCUUCAUAGCUUUCCUUCAAAUGCUCGGACGCCCCCUUCUCAUUGGCCACAACAGUCGGCGCUUUGACUGUCGUCUGCUGGUCCGAGCUCUUGAUGAGCUGGACCUCAGGGCACAGUUUGAGUCUUCGAUCUCGGGCUGUGUUGACACUCUGCCGCUGGCUCGUGAGGUGCUGAAGGACCGGUGCCUUCAGAGUUUUCGACAGGAGAACUUGGUCCGAGAGCUGCUGGGGGUGAACUACAAAGCCCAUGAUGCUUUGGAGGAUGUGCGGGCGUUGCAAGCACUUUACAGUGUUCUUCAGCCCACCCCAGAGGUCAUCUGGCGGCAUAAGUUUACUCUAGACACCGCAGACAGCAAACCAGCUGUGACAGCUGCCAAAGUACCCAGCAAGCUGUCAGAACAGCGCCCCCUGUGGGAGAACUUCAGACAGGCAGUGAAGGUCACAGAGAGCCAAAAUGAAGAAGUUCAUGCACUUUAAUCUGAAUAAAUACAACUAACAUACAACAAGAAGGUUAUGAAACUUCACAAGGAGGCCCUUUUCAGAACACAAAAAAAGUCAUCCAUCCUUACCUGUACUGUUAGUGGCUUUUCCAAAAGAGGAAAAUUGACAAAUUGUGAGGUGUUCAAACAAGAGGCUGAGAGAAUGGAGGGCGAGGUGAGCACACAAACACAGUGUAAGUCACUCAUUUCUGUUGUCUAAAUUCUGUGCAGGUGUUGCUCUAGGGUGUGAUCACCGUGCCCAUGAGCUUUUAGUGGCAGUCAGAUCAUUUUUAUACAUUAUUGCUCAGAUCAGAUAUGUUAGGUUCGUUGCAGCAAACUAUUUCUGGCUUUUAUUCAGUGCAAACUUUGCCCCCUUGCUUUUGCAGACAGUUUACUCCAGUGUUUUGACAUUGACUCUUGGCAUUGUAAAUGGUUGAAGUUACGUUUAUGUAUCGCAGCUUUUAAAAUGCGUCUCAGCUCACCUUGGGCCCAGCUGCUUGAGUGUCAGGCGUCGCUAUGAAAGAAAGUUUAUGCCCUCUGUGUUUUCAUGAGUUCUUUGCAAAAUAUUUAUUUAAAAUUAAAUAAAGGUGUAUCUAAAUAUA